AAGCCACCGGCGAGCGCGGCGGGUGCGCGGCGGAACUGAGCCGAGGCUUUCGCGUGGGAUGCGCGCGCACCGCAACGCAGCACCCGACCGACCCCAUGGAUUAGAUCCCAUCCCAUUCGCUCGGGCCGGAGCCCGGUCGUGGCGUACUUCCCUUUUCACCAUCUCAGCAAUGAUCCCUCCACCUCGACUGAGCCAGGAGUCCGAUGCUUGCGCGCGUCGACGACGGAAAUAAAGGCACGCUCCCCGACUCUCGCGCUCGUUUUUAAGCCAGGAGAACAACACGAUGAAGGGAUCCGAGAAGGCAUCGCGCGAUGAUGGUCGGUGAACGAGCGGGACUCGAGCCGAUGACCCGAUGAUCGGCUGCUGCUCGGCGAGGAUGCUGCAGCUGCUGCGGUGUCCCCGAGGCAGGCUGUCCGCGUCCGCGGCUCUGUGCGCGCUCCUGCUCUGCUGCCUGUACGUGUACCUGCUGGACCGGCCGCCCAGCCAGCAGGACAUCGUGAGGAAGGUGCUGCAGCAGCGCCUCAAGCCCUGGAUGAGGGAUGAGUACAACAUCCGCCGCUACAGAGAGCUGCUGCAGGCGUGCUGUGAUCCCAGGAACAAGUUUGCGGUAACGAAGAAGAACUCCCCCAUAGGGAAGAUCCUGUGGUACGACGGUGAGCUUUACCACUUCCACAAAGUGAACAAGGAAACCUUCUCCCUCUUUAUGCAGGAGACGCCGCUGCAGCUCCCCCUGAAGAAGUGCUCUGUCGUCGGCAACGGAGGGGUCCUGAAGAACAGCGGCUGUGGCAAGGAUAUCGACCAGGCCGACUUCAUUAUGAGAUGCAACCUUCCUCCACUGUCGAAGGAUUACAAAGAGGAUGUUGGGACCAGAACGCACCUGGUGACUGCAAAUCCCAGCAUCAUUGCAAAGAGGUUUCAGAACUUGGUGCGGUCAAAGAGGUCCUUCGUGGAGAGCAUGAAGGUGUACGGCUCCAGCUACAUCUACAUGCCUGCGUUCUCCAUGAAAUCUGGGACAGAGCCCUCGCUGCGGGUCUACCAUGCCCUUGCGGACUGCAGGUCCAACCAGACGGUGCUCUUUGCCAACCCAGACUUCCUAAGCAGUCUAAGUAAGUUUUGGAAAAAUCGGGGCAUCCGUGCCAAGCGCCUGUCCACGGGCCUCUUUUUGGUGAGUCUGGCGCUGGGGCUGUGCGAGGAGGUCACGCUCUACGGCUUCUGGCCCUUCUCCUUGGGCCUGAGGGAGGACUUUGUCAGCCACCACUACUACGAUAACGUGCUGCCCUUGUCCGGCUUCCAUGCUAUGUCCGACGAGUUCCUACAGCUGUGGCAGCUGCACAGUAUUGGCACUCUGCGCAUGCGCAUCGGCGAAUGUUCCCAUGGGUCCGAGAGAAACGUACCACCGGCCGAGGGCACCUGACGCUGCUUCCGGUGCCUCUCCUCCGCAAACCCAGCGUCGGCAAGUAGUUGCUGGGGCACCUGUCUUGAUCUGCUUUGUAUUUUUUUUGUUCGGGAAUCCGGCCAGGUGCCAGAACGUGGGCUGUUUAUACCUUCCGGUUCAUGGCAAGUGUGGCGUCGCCCACAGAGACCUGCAGAAACAGGCGAAACGCAUUGGAAAAAAGGGAGAUAAUCGAGGGACUAAAAAUUGGGAAGAUCCUCAGAAAUAUAUGAACAAAUAGAAAUCCAUGUAGAUAUUUAAACCGUGACUGGGAGUGUAACAGCAGUCAUGGGCACCAGGUACUUUACCGGUUAUGGCCGCUACCUUCGCACUUAGAAGUUGCAGGUUCAAAUUCCCCUCCUCAUAUAUUACCCUUGAGCAAGGUAGCUACCUUGAAUUACUCCAGUAAAAAUUACCCAGUAGCAUAAGUGGGGUAAAUAAUUAGUUGUUCUGGAGAAAAGCAUCAGAUAUAUGGAAGGUAUAUGGAAGGAAGUGAAAUUAUUUAUCAUAGAAAAUAAUGUAGA